AUGAAGUUCACUCUCGCUUUUUCCGCCUUAUUGGCAACGACAACUGCACUAUCAAUCGUAUCUUCACGCUCUCUUACCGAGCGGGAAGAAUCCGACUUGUCCUCCCGAAACCUGGUCAAACCAACUUGCCCAAAAAAUGGCAACCUUCCUGAGAAAGACUACCUCUCCCCAACCCUCAUGGUCCCCAUUUCCAAAAGUCUUCCUGAUUUAGCCUUCGGUUCAACCAACCGCCCUACGAUCACCCCAAAUGACAUUUGCACUAUCUUCAAUCUCGAAAUUCCAGGCUCAGCAUUCGGGAAAGACUGCACUCUUGAAUUUCUGUUCCCCAAAUUCCCAUUACAAACAUCAGAUUUCUAUGUUUACCGAGGCCAGGGACAUUUCACUUUUACGGGUUACGCUUUCGGCACUGGUGCUACACUCAAGACUACUUAUAACAAUCAACCUCCAGCCGGACCCAGUCCACCUCAGCCACCAGCUGUGUUGGCACCUGGAAAUGCUUAUGUUAUUAAUGUUGGACCUUGUGGGAUUCCAGCGGGCCAGAAGAGCAUGACUGUCAGUGGAGCAUUGUGCAGUACCGACACAACCUUUAUCUUCAAGCAAGACAGCUCGACUUGUCCCAUUGGAUUCUUUGUUGUUAUUUCCUAA